CAGCCCUUUUGGAGGAUGCUGGCCACAGGAGCGGCUGUAAGCACGGCGCUGGCGCAGGUGGACCGCGAGAAGAUCUAUCAGUGGAUCAAUGAGCUGUCGAGCCCCGAGACGCGGGAGAAUGCGCUUCUGGAGCUCAGCAAGAAGCGGGAAUCGGUCACUGACCUGGCCCCGAUGCUCUGGCACUCGUGUGGGACCAUCGCUGCACUCCUUCAGGAAAUAGUGAACAUCUAUCCCUCCAUUAACCCUCCCACGCUGACGGCGCACCAGUCCAACAGAGUGUGUAACGCCUUAGCUUUGCUGCAGUGUGUGGCUUCGCAUGUAGAGACACGAUCAGCGUUUUUGGCAGCCCACAUCCCCCUGUUCCUGUAUCCAUUCCUGCACACCGUCAGUAAAACGAGACCCUUCGAGUACCUUCGUCUCACCAGCCUUGGAGUCAUCGGAGCAUUGGUAAAAACAGACGAGCAAGAAGUGAUUAACUUCCUGUUGACGACAGAAAUCAUCCCACUGUGCCUGCGCAUCAUGGAGUCCGGCAGCGAACUCUCCAAGACGGUUGCAACGUUUAUCUUGCAGAAGAUCUUGCUGGAUGACACGGGCCUGGCCUACAUCUGCCAGACCUACGAGCGAUUCUCUCACGUAGCCAUGAUCCUGGGGAAGAUGGUACUGCAGCUGUCUAAAGAGCCUUCGGCCCGGCUGUUGAAGCACGUCGUACGCUGUUACCUGCGCCUCUCUGACAACUCCAGAGCGAGAGAGGCGCUCCGUCAGUGUCUGCCCGACCAGCUGAAGGACACUACCUUCGCCCAGGUGCUGAAGGACGACACCACCACCAAACGCUGGCUAGCCCAGCUGGUCAAGAACCUGCAGGAAGGACAGGUCACAGACCCCCGCGGAAUCCCACUGCCUUCACAAUAACGCACACGGAGACCUCAUCCAAAACCUGACACAGAAACAGGGUCAUAAGCCAACACAUCUCUCUGUAGCUGGAGUUUUACAUGCUUACACACACAACACGGACUGUUCUUGUACUCAAGAGCACUUAGACUUGAGGGGUUUUUGCCAAGACUUAGGAAAGGUGCUUAACGUUUUGCUUUCAGGUUCUUUAAGCAAAUUUCCACGGACGUUCUGGACUUUACUGGACUUGCCAGCAGCAAAACAUACUCCAUCGUUUUUUUUUGUUUGUUUGUUCUGUUUAUUUUUUUGUUUUUGUUUUUUUGAAGGCCUGCCUCUCCAUCAUUCUCUCUCUCUCUUACGGUCUUACAGACUGAGCCCCCUCUUGCACACAGCUGGUAGAAACAUUUGAAUACUGUAAAAUACAACUGAAUCAUUCUACAGCUUGGUGCGCAGGGGUUGGGGGGAAGGGGUGGGAUUUGCAAGGGGUUGUAAAAAUUGAUUUUUGUAAAAUAUUUUGGAUGGUGGUGUUACUGUGUUUACUUUAUUUCAGUGCAUAAAGGGGCUUUAUGAAAUAUUAAAUCAUGUAUGGCUUUUUGAUUCUGGAGUCUGCUGCUUCACAGCUUCACACGUCCUGUAUAAAACACAAAGGUCCCGUCGUAAAAUAUGACGAUCCGUUAAAACGCUAAGGAUUAUUCUGCGGUCGAUGCAAUAAUCUUUGACUGUAAUGCUUCUCGCAGGGGGCUCUGAGUGUACAGAUGAAUUAAGAACCUAAUUUUGUGUAAACUGAGGGGCUGACGACUUAUUUUCAGUACUCCUCCAUUAAAGAUGCAGUGUGUAAGAUUUAAGAGAUCUAUUAGCAGACAUGAAAUAU